AUGAACUUUAAAGAAAUGUUUAAUUUAAUAAAAAAUCAAAGAAAUGAAUUAAUUGCACCAGUAGAUAAAUAUGGAUGUAAAGCUAUUGGAAAUAAUUCUUAUAAAAUUUUCAUUGCAUUAUUACUUAGUUCACAGACAAGAGAUAUUGUUACUUAUACAGCUGUUACUAAUUUAACUAAACUUGUUAAAGAAACAUUUACUCCUGUAAAUUUAUUAAAAUAUGAUCAUAUAGAUAUUCAUGAAUGUAUUAAACAAGUUGGUUACCAUAAUAAGAAAUUAAAAUAUUUAAUUGAUUCAAGUAAAAAACUAACAAAAAUUAAUGAUAAAGAUUUUAAUGAAUUAAUUAAAUUACCAGGAUUUGGUAAGAAAAUGGCUUACUUAUAUUUAAGUAAUGCUCAUGAUAUCCAUGAGGGGAUUGGUGUUGAUUUACAUGUUCAUAGAAUAGUUAAUAGAAUAUUAAAUACAAAAAUGACAAUUGAAAAGGUAAGAAAGUUUUUAGAAGGCAUUUUUAAUAAAGAAGAUUUUAAUGAAGUUAAUAGAAUUUUAGUUGGAUUUGGACAAUUAAUUUGUUUAAAGAAAAAACCUAAAUGUAAUGAGUGUUGUUUAAAGGAGAAAUGUAAAUUUAAUACAGAAUUUUAA